UAUUUCUUGCUGACAGGACUCACGUUUGGUUCACCGUCACUGCCAGAAGCGGCUUGUUCCCGAGUCGCUGGGCGUUUGGAUUAACUCGACCCCCUGCAGCGGCGUUUCUCGCCGUCAUUGUGCUGCAUUUGCCGCGUUUGUGCUUUCAUUUAAUCCCGUUUUAACCGCUCUGCUCGUCAGUGUGUUGAACAGUCGUAGAGCAGCGCUGAGCUGAGCUGCUGAAGCAGGAGCAGAAGCGGGGGGGGGUAAUGAGAGGAACUCAGCCCAUAGCAGCCUCCAAUGCAGCGUGUCCCGGGAUGAUGUCUCUGUCCACGGACUUUCCAGCGUCUUCGCCCUCCGGUAGAGCCUCAUUAUCUACCAGAGCUGCAGUGGAUGGCCCUGGCUCUCCUGCUGCCCACUGUGGACGGGACGGUGUCUGUUCCACGCCUCAAGACAAACCAGUACUCGCUCCACCGUUGUUCAUCUUUCAGAGGAUAACCGCUCCAGGGAAGAGGAGAGCCGAGGAAGAAGGAAAUGGAGCUGGAGUAAACAAACGCGUCAGAUCCAUCACCUAUCCCUCCUUGCUCAGUCGGACAAGAAAAGGCCCCUAUGACAGCGUUAGACGAGUGCGAUCAACUUCUCUAUCCUUCCCACCACCUUUACCUGUCUCAAGGUCGAACAUGUUUAUGCCUUCAAACUUGAACAACAUGAACAAGGUCUCCACUGCUGCAGCGUCUCCUCAAGUUAAGAUGAAGCAGAUGUUAUUAAGGCCGUCUCUCCUGGUAGCUCCUGGGCCCUGGGGCAACCAUGACGUGCCUCAUCUCAGACAGGUUACGCUUAACACAGACGAGGAAAUCUCCAGAGUUACUAUAGACUUCCCACCCUCAACCGACACACUGGAGCAGCGGACACUACCCCAGGACAGCAGAAGCCUCCUGGAAACAGAUUCAGCCAUCACCAGCCACAUCCAGUUUGUGUUUGGGGAGAAUAUGAGUGAGAGGGUUCUGAGUCCACAGAAGAGUCUGUGCAGUGAGGACAUGUCUGAUACGGACUGCAGCUCUUCUGACUCAGAUUCGUCCAGUUCAGAGGCCUCUAAUACGAUGACUGUCCGAAGUUCGCUGUGGGAGUCGGCUGCAGCUUACACUGCCGCAUGCAAGAGGCGCUGCUUACUCAAGCGAGUCCGGGUCUUCACCGGAGAGGAGAAUGAGAGCAACGUUGUCCAGCUGACGUGUAAGCUGUUUGUUUUGGAGAGGGGAACACAGUCGUGGAGUGAGAGGGGGAGAGGGGUGUUACGACUAAAUGACUUGGAAACUGGAGCUAAAGGCUGCUUGCAGUCGAGAAUGGUGAUGAGGCACCAGGGAAGUCUGAAAGUGAUCCUGAACACCAAGCUGUACCCACACACACACCUGCGGCGGCCGGCGCGGAGGAACCUGCAGGUGACAGCCACGGAUUUGGAGAGCCACUCUGUGCGGGUGUUCCUGAUCCAGGCCAGCGCGCGAGACAUCGCUCGGUUGUACGUGGCCAUCCACCACAGACUGGUGGCCCUACGCUGCAGCCCCUCCAGCCUGACCGGGGAGAGCGCGGUGUUCCGGGACAGAGAGGGACACCGCAGCAGUGAGGAGGACGAGGACGAAGAUGAAGAGAAGGCUGAGGAGGACACAGACUUUUACACUCACACGAUGUCUGGGACUUGUAAUUGGAGGCACGGUCAUUCCAGGUUCUGUUCAUGAACACCCCACCGCCCUGGUGCCUCAGGACGACUCCCAUCCUGCCUUUGCUCUCUGCCAUUCCAGAGCAUCGGUGAACCCUAACCCUCUGUGUUCAGUCACAGAGCUGAAGACCGGCACAGGGACUUAGAACAACACUGAGGCAGCUGUUGGAGAGCAGCCUGUAAAGUGUAUCUGCAGUAUUAACCCCAAAAAUUUGCCAAAGAACAAAAUGACUUCAUAUCAUGCUGUGAGAACUUCUCUUUCUCCAGCUGGAGGGACAAUAAAGGAGGGGCUUCAAG